AUGGCGGUACUGUGCGGGGCCGGCCUGGGCAGCUCGGCGCUCCCGGCCGCUGCCGGGGCCGCGCUGAGGCGCUGCGGGGCCGGGGCGAGCGGCCGCAGUCCCUGGAAGCCGGGCCUGCUCCUGCUCAACCCACCGGCUUUCUCCACGACGUGCGCCCGGUGCGCCAAGGACAGGCGGCUGAGGCAGAAAAGAGCCAUUUCCGAGCGGCAGCUGACGCGUUAUUUUGUGGAUCAGCGGAAAGUGCGCGUAGUUGGAGGGCAAGGAGGAGGAGGGGGCCAUUCCUUCCACAGCGAGCCCAGAAAAGUGUUUGGAGGUCCUGAUGGUGGAAAUGGAGGUGAUGGAGGUCAUGUCAUUUUUAAAGCUGACCAGCAAAUGAAAUCACUUUCUUCAGUGUUCCCCUUCUAUCAGGGUUUUCACGGAGAGAGAGGAGGAAGCAAAAACCGUUACGGAGCUAAUGGUGCACACAUGUAUGUUAAAGUCCCUGUUGGUACCUUGGUGAAGGAGGAUGGCAGAGUUGUGGCUGACCUCACUCAGCAUGGAGAAGAGUACAUUGCAGCUUAUGGAGGAGCUGGAGGCAAAGGGAAUCUCUUCUUUCUCUCCAAUGAGAACCGUGCUCCGACAUUAUUUACUCCAGGAGAGCCAGGUCAGGAGAGGAUCCUUCAUCUGGAGCUCAAGACAACAGCUCAUGCAGGAUUGGUGGGCUUUCCCAAUGCUGGCAAAUCCUCACUUUUGAGAGCCAUCUCCCGGGCAAAGCCAGCUGUGGCUGCCUACCCAUUCACAACCCUAAACCCCCACGUUGGCAUUGUCCACUAUCAAGACUAUGAGCAAGUGGCAGUUGCUGACAUUCCUGGCCUAAUCAAAGGUGCUCAUCAGAACCGUGGGCUGGGGACAGCCUUCCUAAAGCACAUUGAGCGCUGCCGCUUCCUCCUGUAUGUGGUGGAUCUCUCAGUGCCUCAGCCAUGGAUUCAGCUGCAGCACUUGAAAUAUGAACUGGAGGCAUACGAAAAAGGCUUGUCUGAGAGGCCUUGUGUUGUGAUUGGGAAUAAGGUUGACCUUGCUCAGUCCAGGAUCAAUCUGCCGCUCCUUAGGGAGCAGGUAGCUGAGAGGGUCAUUGCGCUGUCUGCACUGACAGGAGACAACUUGGAGGAGCUGCUGCUGCAUCUGAGAGAACUGUAUGACACUUAUGUGAAGACAGAACAGUCACAAGGACAAAGCCCAGUCAAGUGGUAGAAGCCUCCUGCUGUGAACUGUGCUGGAAGGAGAACAAAGUUAAAAUAGUUUGAUUUGACUGCAUCUCUCUGAUUAGGGCUUCUUGUGGGUUGUUUUCGUUAUUAAGAUAGAAGGGCACAGCAUGGGGAUUUGUUCUGGAGUGCUGCUUUGGAAGGAUUGUUUUGUUUGUUCACCUUUGAGGUGUCUCUGAAGUUUUACAGCAAAGCUUGAAAAUUGUAAUCAUGGUGGGUGGUGAACUGGAAACCUGGCUCUUGUUUGGCAUACUAUGGAAUUGAGAGAAUGCUGUCUAGUAGAAAUAAUUGAAAUUCAGGAUCUGCAGGAGAUGUUGGCUUAUUUUAUGAAGUGUAGUGAAAUGACUGUCUCAGUAUUCACUGAUCAAAAGUUCUGAAAUAAAAUUAAGUGGUCCCGUG